ACGGGCAGGCUGCGGACCCAGUUGCGAGAGGCCUAUUAUCUGCUGAUCCAGGCCAUGCACGACCUGCCCCCUGACUCGGGCGCGCGGCAGGGUGGUGGGGGCUUGGCAGAUCACUGCUGCUCUGCGGGAGCCUGGGCUCCGGGCCAGCCGCCUUCCCCCAGCGGCGCUGCGGACCGCCGAGGCUGUUCCCGAGACUGGGAGCGGGGAGGCGGCGGUGGCUCUCUGCAGCAGGUGUCCCCGCCCCGGUCGCCACCGAGGGAGUCGGGGAGAGGCCGCCUGCGGACUCCUCGGAUGCAGCUGACCUGCAGCAGAAGCCUCGAGAGCCUCUUGGUGGGUGUCAAGCCGCCUCCCUUCCAGCGGUGGCCAAGCGACAGCUGGAUCAGGUGCGGUGCACGCGGGGACCAGGACGCACUCCCGCCACGUGGAGGUGGGAUGGACGGCUGCAACGGGGGUAGCUCCCCGGCCGCGGCCCCGGCCGGCCUCCUGCUUCCCCAGGCCAGGGACCCCGGCCGCUCCUCGGGGAGCCCUUUCAGGGAUCCAGCGGGGCCCUCUGUGAUACGCAACGGCAAAGGAGACGGCCAGGAGGUGCCUCCCUUCUUCAGGCCGCCCGCGGUGACAGUCAAAAAGCUGCAGAAGUGGAUGUACAAAGGACGUCUACUGUCCCUGGGAAUGAAAGGUCGCUCCCGUGGGACACCCCCCAAAGUCACCGGAGCGCCGGCAGCCUCCCCAAAUUUGGGUGCUUUGGAAGUGCAUGAAAGCCAAGCCCUCGCGGUCCCUCCAGACCAAAGAAUUACGCUGACAGAUUUAUUUGAAAAUGUCUAUGAGUCUUCCAUGAAGAGAAGAGAACUUGAAGAUCUGAAGGAUAGUAUUGAAUUCAGAGGUCAUAAGCCACUUAACACCAUCACGGUUUCAAAGAAACGUAAUUGGCUGUAUCAGAGCACUCUGAGAUCUCUUAAUCUGGAAGAAGAAAAUACAAAACACCAAGAUAUAAGCAAUUUGCCCACCUCACCUGUGUCUCUGCCUAAGCACCAGCUAUCACAAGCACUCCCCAAAUCAUCUGAAGACUAUUGUACUUAUGUGGUGUGUAAUGCCACAAACUCUUCAUUAUCCAGAAACUCUUCUUUAGACUUUAACGAGGAAAAUGAUGCAGAUGAUGAAGGAGAAAUAUGGUACAACCCCAUUCCAGAGGAUGAUGACCUUGCCUCUAGUUUUGAUGAGGCAAACCCUGCUGUUUUGAAGCUUCCUGCUCUUAGUUCGAGAGUAUUGGCUGGUUGUGACCUGACCAAAGCUGAGCAGCAUGCUGAAGACUUGCUGCGCUCUUCUGAACACACAGGUGAUGCUCAGACCACACAGUCAAAGGAAACAAAUCCUGUCGAUUCCAUGCAUUCAUUUGUGCAGCAGUAUAAGCAAAGGCCUGGACACAAGACCCAGGAAGGUAUGAUGGUGGAGGACAGUCCCAUGUUGAAAUCUCCCGUUGGAGGUCCUGGGAUCCUAGCUACUACAAGUAAGACUGAACUGGGAGUUAUAGAACCAUGUUCUCCAAGUCCUAGCCCUGUGAAAAAAGGCAAUUCAAUUAAUUGGUCUUUCCCGGAUAAAAUAAAAUCUCCACGAACUGUGAGGAAACUUUCCAUGAAAAUGAAAAAGUUGCCAGAACUUAGCCGAAAGCUGAGUGUUAAAGGAACCCUGAAUUACAUAAGCAGUCCAGAUAAUACUCCUCCUUUGUCUAAAUGUAACUAUCAAGAAGUUCAUCAUACUGUCAUUCUGCCUUCUGGGAACACAACCACAGCUGCUAAGAGGAAUGUUAUAAGCCGGUACCAUCUUGAUACCAGUGUAUCUUCUCAGCACAGCUAUCAGAAGAAACCUUCUAUGAAUUCUAAGUAUUCCUGCAAAGGUGGUUACCUCAGUGAUGGAGAUUCACCUGAACUCAUAACUAAAUCUAGCAAACAUGGAUCUGAAAACAAAUUUGGAAAAGGAAAAGAAAUAAUUCCAAAUAGUUGUAGCAAAAAUGAAAUAGAUAUUGAUGCUUUUAGACAUUAUAGCUUUUCUGAUCAACCUAAGUGUUCACAGUACAUAUCUGGACUCAUGAGUGUACAUUUCUAUGGAGCUGAGGAUUUAAAGCCACCCCGGAUAGACUCAAAAGAUGUCUUUUGUGCCAUUCAGGUAGACUCAGUAAACAAAGCAAGAACAGCUUUGCUCACAUGUCGGACAACCUUUUUAGACAUGGAUCACACUUUCAACAUAGAAAUUGAAAAUGCACAGCAUUUGAAAUUAGUAGUAUUCAGUUGGGAACCUACUCCACGGAAAAAUCGAGUGUGUUGUCAUGGGACAGUUGUUCUCCCCACCUUGUUCAGAGUGACAAAGACACAUCGGUUGGCUGUCAGACUUGAACCUAGAGGUCUUAUUUAUGUGAAAGUGACCCUUAUGGAACAGUGGGAGAAUUCUCUUCAUAGACUGGAUAUAAAUCGUGAACCAGUAAUAUUUGGGGUUGAUAUUCGGAAAGUUGUGGAGAAGGAAAAUGUAGGCUUGAUGGUGCCACUCCUGAUAAAGAAAUGUAUUAUGGAAAUUGAAAACAGAGGCUGUCAGGUAGUAGGCCUCUAUCGAUUAUGUGGUUCGGCUGCAGUCAAGAAAGAACUUCGAGAGGCUUUUGAGAGGGAUAGCAAAGCUGUUGGUUUGUGUGAAAACCAGUACCCAGAUAUAAAUGUAAUAACAGGUGUUCUUAAGGAUUAUUUAAGAGAACUUCCUUCUCCUCUGAUAACAAAGCAGCUUUAUGAAGCCGUAUUAGAUGCAAUAGCAAAAAAUCCUUUAAAAAUGUCAUUAAAUGGUUGUGAGAAUACCCCCGGCGACUCCAAGUACGCUGUUGACCUGCUGGAUUGUCUGCCUGAUGUUGAGAAGGCAACCCUGAAGAUGUUGUUGGAUCAUUUGAAAUUGGUGGCUUCUUAUCAUGAAGUGAAUAAGAUGACCUGCCAGAAUUUGGCCGUGUGCUUUGGACCAGUAUUAUUAAAUCAGAGGCAAGAGACUUCCACCUAUAACAACAGAAUCUUUACUGACUCAGAAGAACUUGCAAGUGCUUUGGAUUUUAAAAAACAUAUUGAAGUUCUUCAUUACCUACUCCAACUCUGGCCAGUGCAACGUUUAACUGUCAAAGAGUCGACAGACAGUUUGUCCCCAGAGCAGCAAUUUUCUCUGAAUUAUUUGAGGCGGAAGAGAGAACGGCCUUGCGUGUUAAAUUUAAGUGGUACUGAGACAUUAGGAUUACUUAGGCCAAGGCAAGCCAAAUUAGACAGCCCACUUAGCAAUCGUUAUGCAGGAGACUGGAGCAGCUGCGGAGAAAGCUACUUUUUAAAUACAAAAGGAAAUUUAAAUGAUGUGGAUUAUGACGAUGUCCCUUCAGAAGAGAGAGAAAAUGGAGAAGAUUAUGGCAAAAUGGAUGGACCAGAUAUAAUAAUUGAGCAGCCAAUCCCCAUGUCCAAAGAGUGUGCAUUCCAGACAUAUUUUACAAUGCAGACAAUUGAGUCUACAGUGGAUCGAAAAGCCAAUCUUAAAGAUCUACAAGAAAGUAUUGAUACUUUGAUUGGAAAUCUGGAGCGUGAGCUCAACAAAAGCAAACUUAAUAUGAGUGUUUGAGAUUGAAGGUUUUUGCUUUUUUUACAUAAUGUCUUAUUAUUUCAACCAGUCUUUUCUCUCUUUUCUUGUACUUCCCUCAGUGAUGUUUUUAUUCUUCAUUCUUGAAACCUUCAAUUUCUAAUAAGUUUAUGUGAUGUAAUUAAAAAAAACUAUUGAUUAGUAUAGUUUUUACUGAUCCCAUUAGAAAAUUUUUCCAGGGGUAAAGAUAUCUUGGACUUCUUGUGGAUAUUUUAAUAAAUCUUGCCACUUCUAAUGGAUAUAGCUUUUAAAUGCACUUAUACGGUUCAGAUAAGUUACUAGUCUCUUAAGAUUUUUAUACUUCAUGGGAAAUGCUCUUCUGUAGCAGAGAUACACUUUCCUUUUAGGGAAACGCUGCAGCCGCUUAGUCUGAUUUUCAGAGUGAGUCACUGUAUACUGCAACAGCAUUUGGCCACAUUUCAUCUGCAUUGCAAAGGCUGCUGUAAGAAAACCUUUUUAUAAAUAAAAGUAAAGUUAUACAAAUAUUAAUGUAUUCUAUAUUAACACUGAGUAUUUAAGCUCAUAAAAAGUAAGUAUUUUUAUAAUUCUGAAAAUAUGUAUGUAUUUGUAAGUACAUAUAUAUAUAGGCAUUAGACUGGGGAGUUGGCUGUAGAAUCACAUGUAUAUUUAAAGUCUAUAUGUCAUGAGGCCAAAAUCAUUAGCUUAAAAAUACUUUUCUUCAGGAAAAGAACAUUUAAGUUAAAGGAGGAGAAAUAAUAUUAACACUUGGACAAAAAGGAAAUUAUCAUUCUAGAAACCUCUAUCUUAAUAGAAAUAAUAGACUUUCUUUUAUUCACAGAAAGUCACACUAUCCCCUGUGAAAAGUUAUCUUUUAAAUUGAAAUCCCCUAACUCCUUAAGGAAUUAAGCGCCCAGAUUACUGCACCGAUGACUUAGAUUUAAAAAAAAAAAAAAAAACUUCGUCACCUACUGUUCUGUGCGUUUUUAUAUUCUGCUUUAAGUGUUUGUUUAUGGUAGUACAUUUAUAACAUUGACUUUACAAUUAUCCCCAUUUGUUUUUAAAGAAAUCUUGCCAGCAUACUACAUGUUAUUGAUUUUUAAAAAUUAACUUAUUUUGGCUAAGUGUAUCUGGAAGGUAGUUAUUAUAUCACAGCAGUGUUUGAAAAUGUAAAUUUAGAAGGCUUUUUUAAAAUUAAAUCAGGAUGUAUUUUUUUUUAACUUUUAUACUUACGGAUUGUGUAAUUUUAAAAUUAUAAAUAAAAUUUGAAUUACCAACUUAAAGGUGUAGCAGCCACUAAAAAAAAAACUGACUUCUUGAUGUUUUUCUAAAUAUUAAAAUAUUUAACUAUUUGUAUGCAAUAUACACUGGUAAAGAACACAUUAUUUAAUUUGAAAAGCCAAUUGUUUUAAAACCAGAUGAAUAAAUAUUUUUCUAAGAAAUCUUCAUUUUUUUAAAGCUUUGUGUAAUGAUUCAGAAGAAUACCAAAAAAAUAUGUGACAGGUAUAUGUAUUGCGUAAGCUGUCAAAGAAAUGUACUUGUAAAUGUUUUAUAGGAAGACAGUCUGUUUUCUUCAUUUUGUUUACUAUAUCAGGUAUAUUGUAUAAAUUGAAUAAGUUCUAGAAAUUUAAAAAUUUUAUUGAAAUAUUAUAACCUUGGUAUCAUGCUAUUAAUUAUCAUAAUGAUUUUAAGGAUCACUUAUUUUAAUAAUAUUCUUUUUAAACAAUGAUAUUAAAGCAUUGGACUGUCAUGUUUUAUUCAUAAAUGUUUGUAGUAACAUUUAUUUGUCCAAAAUUGAAUUUUCCAGAAUCUGAAAUAUUUUAAGGGUAUUUUGUUAAGCUGUUUUGGAUAGGACUACUUUUAAAAUUGAUCUCUGCUGUCUUACAUAGAGAAUACUAGAGUUUUUUUGUUGUCUAAAUCACUGAGUCAUAACUAUAAGCCUGUUUUAUCGAUCCUGCUAUAUCCAGUAGGGCUGAAUAAGUUUUAAAGCUUUUUACUUUAAAUGGUCUUUCACUUCAAAUAUUUUUUUGUUUUCAUACCUGCUGUUUAUAAUUUCUUGGGAUCAUCCUACACUUUUAGACUGAGUCUGCCAGCCUAAUGUUUUUUAAGAUUAAAAACAAUUUUAAUUUUAAUGCAUGUACCUGCAUAAAAAUUUUAAAUAAUUCAGAUGGAUAGAAAACAAGUAAAAGUGCUUGCCAUCCACAUGGAUCCUCCCUCUCACAGGUAAUAACCACCUUUUAUUCUUCAGGUAGUUACCUCCAUUGCUCUAAUACGUUUAUUGCUGCUGUUUCUUGAUUUAUCAUUGAGCACUAUCUGUUGAUUGUCCACUAAAAAGGAUAGCAAUUUAUCACACUCCCUUCCUUCUCCUCAUUCUUGAUAGUUAUGUUUUUAGUUUUUCUUUUGAUUUCCUUUAUAACUUUAGUAACCUUUAUCUCUGGAUCCAUCAAUUUUUAAAUAGUAUUUCUUAACUCCCUACCAUUGAGGAAAUGAUCAAUCCUGUACUGACCUUCCAACUCAUUACUGCUCUUUACCUUCUGAUUUCUGUAAGUCAUACUACUAUUUUAUAUAAUCAGCAUUUAUAGAAAUACAUUAUUUUGGGGAACAAUAAUUGACUUAUGUUUUUCCUUUAUAUUUUACUUCCCAAAACUGCAAAUCAGUGACUGGCAGUCAUGCUAGAUUAUGCAAAAGUAUUCACAGGUAAAACAGGUGAUUUUUCUCCUUCUACUUACCCAGUCUUGCAUCCUUAAAUCUAUGCUGAUUUAAACAACAUUCCAAAGGCAAAGGUCAAAUGGUUUAUCUUAAAGCCAUCAAUUUCUCAAAAUUACGCCAUGUGUUAUUGGCUUCAUACUGGGUCAUGGAUUUUGCAGACAUUUGUUUUUCCUGGAGUAUGUAAUUGCUUUUUUUUCCCUGACAGACGAAAAAUUCUUCAUGAUAACACUGGUAUCAUUUUAAGCUUCUUUUAUUCGUACUAUUGAAUUACGAAAUUUGUUCAGAGUGCUUUCAGCUCUGAUCCUGGGAUUCUGAAAUAUAUUCUUGUCUUUAUUUUUUUCUUUGACAAGAAGAAAAAUACCUUCUUCACUGUAAUCCUGAGAUUAUUUUAAGUUUAAUCAAAUUUAGUCAAAGUGAUUUUACCUAUCAUCUUGGGAUGUAUUUUCUUUUUAUUCCUAUAUUCCACUUUUUCCUGGAUCCCACUCUUUCUUGAAUUUUUUUUUUUUGUUGAUAUGUUGACGUAUAUUCCCAAGUAUUACCUUUUUUUUUUUUUUGCCCAGAAAGGGUGCAUGGGAGAUAAACUUUGAGCCCUUGAAUGUCUGACAGGGCUUUAUUUCUUCCCCACACUUCAUUUUUGUUAGACUUGUCAUUCUGGGUUCAAAAUCAUUUUCCUUUAGAACUUUGAAGGCAUUCCUAUAUUAUCUUCAAGCACCCAGAUUUACAAUAAUCCAAGUGAGAGGUGGUGGUUCAGAUCAGGGUAGAAGCACUAGAGGUGUUGAGGUGGUUAGAUUCUGGAUAUAUUUUGAAGUAGGAGCCAAAAGAAUCUGCCAGUGGGCUGUGAGAGAAAAGAGGCCUGAGCAACUGAAGGGUGGAACUGCCAUCAAAUGAGAUUGAGACAGCACCAUCAUAUUUUUGAAAUGAGUUCCUUGUUUUGGAUGUUGGUAUUAAUGCAGUGCCUAUUGAAAUGCCCUAUAAUGUUCUGUUAACUAUAAGUGCUAAUCCUUCUGUGCCUAGAGAUGAUGCCCAUAAAGUCACUGCUAGAAUAAGAAACCCAAAAGACCCCACAUCUAAGCAAAGUCCUACAUAACUGUCUUUUGGUAAUUUCAGAUUGUGCAGCUCUAUAAGAGGGGGCCUAAAUAAACAAGUUUGGGUAGUGUUAUGGUUCCCGAAAAGAAUUUUGUUUCUAGACCACAGAAUGAGUUUGAGGGUUAGGGUUUUAUAAUUUAAAACAUUAAUUUUUAGGUCUGUGGCUUAUGAUAAAGUUGUCGUAUGCCUACUAAUAACAAAUGCUAAUUUGAAUCUUACUGCCCUGGAGACAUUGGCACAAACAGGAAUGCUCUUUUGCUCCUUUUUCUGCCUAAUUUUCAUUUUUAAUUGAGUAAGGCUCUGAUGUGAUAAAGUUUUAAGUCCCAGAUAUUAGGGUUCUUGGAUGCAUCCUGACUCAGCCAAAAACUGACUCUAGAUAACUCAGGCAGAAAAUGAAUUUAUUGUAAAAAUAAUGUAUCAGAGGGGAUGCUGUUUUAGGGUGGUAGAAGUGUUUUAUAUUUUGAUCUGGGUGGUGGUUUCACAGACGUUUAUGUGCAUAUCAAUUGCAUACUUAAGAUUUGUGCACCUUAUAAAGUCAUACCUUAAUUUUUGAUUACAGUAAAUUAAAACUAAAAACUGGGAAAUCUGGGAAAGUAAACUUGGAAAAUAAGUAGAGACAAGAGACUCGGUGGUCAGAAUGAUAGCAGUCAAGGCUGUGCUGCUGCCGCCACCACCACCAAACAUAGCCCCACAUGCGCCACUGGAGGUGAUUAUAAACCAUCCCUGGCUUCUUUGCAUCAUUCCUGCUUCAGAGUCGCUGACUUUGAAUCAGAUAGGCUGCAUUUGGGCCAUACACUUGUGCCCCAGCUUCCAGGAAUUAGCCAUUAGCUGGUUACUUGGCGACCAUCCCUUCCUUAAAACUCACACAGUGGUAAGUUCUGUGAAUAUAAGAAAGGGAUGCAGGCAAAACUGGCAAAUGUCUACAACACUUCUCUAGUCUUCGUCUCACACAGUUGUCCCCAGAUUGGAGUUUUUUCCCUCCCCGUUUCCAACCCGUCAACAGGUCUGGCUACUGUAUGCCCUGACACUGUGGACUUAACUUUGUUACUGCUGGCACUGUAGUCCAAACCACUGUCGUCUCUCAGUCUCUUCCUAUUUCAUCUCUUGCUGUCCCUCUCCCCUCCCACAAUCCACUCUAUCCAUGGAAACCAAAGUAAUCUUUUUAAAAGAUAAAUCACAUAAUUUCCUAGGCCAUUUCUCUUGUUCCCCAGUGCUUUAGUGACACUGGGCUUUAUUGCUGUUCCCCAACAUAGGGACCUCAUUGCUGUCCUUAUGGUCUUUGCAUUUGCCAUUCCCUCUGCCUAGAAGGGUCUAUCCAGAGCUUACUUGGGUAGCUUCUUUUUUGUCAUUCACUUCUUUUCUCAAAUGUCACUUCAGAGAGGCUGCCUCUGCAAAUUAAAUCAGUAGCCUGCUUUGAGAAUUGAGGGAGGAAGGACAUAGGGAUUUCUGUUUCUUGUAGCAAGCACUGUGGUAAUAUUUGAUUAAACUAUAGGCAUUUACAACUUUGUUAGAUGUGAAAACCAAACUCAAGGAAAAAAAAGAUUUUAAGUAUAUGCACACCCAUUGUCACUCAUAUAUCACUCUGGCUUAUUUUUAUCAUGGAAAAAAUUUUUUUUUCUUUUAUUUAUCACUGUCUGAAAUUAACUUGUUUAUUUAUUAUCUACUUCCACUCCACUAGAAUGUAAUCUCUAUAGCAGCAGGGACAUUGUAUAUCUAGUUCAUUGUCAUGUACUAAGAUGUCCAAUUAAUUGUUAAUGAAAACGAAUGUAAAGAGAUACUGAAAAAUGAUAAAAAUUGUCUUUUUGUCAGGAAAAGAUUAAGGACUAUGAGAUGUAAUGUCUAUGUAAUUUUUUAAAAUAUUCACUCUCAAGUAAUAAAUUACUUGUGGUAAAGAAAGUAAUGUCACCUUUUUUUUCUUAAGUGAUUGGUAUUUAUUUCUUUUAGAAUCAGAGUGGGUUUGGAAAAAUUAGUGACUUAAAAAGUUAAUGGGUUGUUACAUGGGGAUAAUUUUGUGUAUUAGUGCUGCGGAGUACAGUAGAAGGAGUUGUUUAAGUAUGUGUGAGCGGAAAGGUACAUCUUGCUGUAGGAAUGGAAGGACUCUAAGAAAGCUUUUGCUAAAACAUAUAAUUUAUUUCUUUACAGAAAUCAUGAGGGAAAUAGACCUUGCUAGCAACUCGAUGACAGUGGAUUAAAGUUUUGGCCCAAUUCACUUCAGUAUGUAUUUUGCUAGAACUAGAGAAAAACCUGUUUUUGAUUUUACUAAAGGAAAAUGUUUUUAUAAAAUUAAUGAACCCUAUAAAUGUAAGUCUUCUUUAUUAGAAAGAAUCGCAGAGAACACUUUUGGGGACAAGCACACAUUUAAUGUUUUUAUGUUCUCAAUGCCAAGUGUUUGUUUUAAGUGAGUGAGAAAAAAUGUCUAAAUAUUAUUCCUAGAUUGAACUAAAUCCUUAUUUGCUUGAUAAGCCAUCUGGCGUGCUUUUAAGUCCUUUGGAUUAAUUGUGCUUUUUCUCUCAAUGGAGGUGUAGACUUCAAUGUCCUAUAUACUCCUUUGACUAGAAACUAUUCUUCAAAAUAAAAUCUUCCAAGGAGAGUUUAAAGUUUCAACUUUAGAAAAACACAAUGGAUGUUAAGUCAAGAAAAGGGAAAGCCCCUAGAAUUCAAGACUCUUUGUGAAAGUUAUGAGACAGCAAGCCUGUGACUCGCAUUUUUUCGCAGCUGCAGAUACUGAACAGUGCCCCUUGUUCUUGACCUUUGA